UCCUCCUGAGCACCCUCCCUUUUAGCAGAGCACAGUCAGGCUUUAUCAGCCAGUGCCUUCUGCCACCGGCAAGCCAGCUGGAGUGGGACAGGGGAAGAGAUCCAUGGAGGAGAGCCCUGCUAUGGUUAAAGUGGACCGCGGUGAAAGCCAGAUUUCAUCAUGUCGAGGGAAAAGACGCUUUCCCAAGGCGCUUGGCUAUGUCACCGGUGAUAUGAAAGAAUUUGCCAACUGGCUUAAAGACAAACCCCUAGUGCUCCAGUUCUUCGACUGGGUUCUUCGCGGCCUAUCCCAAGUGGCACUUGUCAACAACCCCAUCAGUGGAAUCCUGAUUCUGGUGGGACUCCUGGUCCAGAACCCCUGGUGGGCUCUCACUGGCUUUGUGGGAACAGUGGUCUCCACCCUCACAGCACUGUUGCUCAGUCAGGACAGGUCAGCAAUUGCAGCCGGAUUGCAUGGCUACAAUGCCACCCUCGUGGGAAUACUCAUGGCUCUCUUUUCAGCCAAGGGAGACUACUUCUGGUGGCUGUUACUCCCUGUAUGUGUUAUGUCCAUGACUUGUCCGUUUUUCUCAAGUGGGUUGAACUCCGUGUUCGCCAAAUGGGAACUCCCUGUCUUCACCCUGCCCUUCAACAUGGCGGUAACCAUGUACUUUUCAGCUACGGGACAUUACAAUCCGUUCUUCCCAGUCACCUUGAUCACACCUGUAACCUCAGUUCCCAAUGUCACCUGGUCUGAACUCAAUGCCCUGCAGCUAUUGAAAUCCCUGCCUGUGGGUGUUGGCCAGAUAUAUGGUUGUGACAAUCUGUGGACAGGGCUCAUUUUCCUAGGCGCCAUCCUACUUUCCUCGCCAGUCACGUGCCUGCACGCUGCAGUGGGAUCGCUGAUGGGGAUAGCAGCAGCACUCAGUCUUUCGGCUCCAUUUAAGAACAUCUACUUAGGACUCUGGGGUUACAACAGCUCUCUGGCCUGCAUUGCGAUUGGAGGAAUGUUCAUGGCGCUCACCUGGCAAACCCACCUCCUGGCUCUUGCCUGUGCCCUGUUCACUGCCUACCUCGGAGGCAGCAUGGCAAACAUGAUGGCUGUGGUCGGAGUGCCAUGUUGUACCUGGCCCUUCUGCUUGGCCACACUGCUGUUCCUCUUGCUGAACACGAAAAACCCCAACAUCUACAAGAUGCCCCUCAGUAAAGUCACUUAUCCUGAAGAAAACCGCAUCUUCUACCUACAAGCCAAGAAAAGGAUUGUCGAAAGCCCUCUGUGAGAGCAACCUUCACCCCCCCGCCGUGGUCACACGUCAUUUCUGACUAACUGCCCCAGGUGGCUUCCGGGGCCUCCGCGAACCAUUGUUUUUCACUAGUAACCACUUUCCUACUCACCCACCAGCGAUCUGUUCUUAUGCUAACUUUGUAGUUUUCUUUUAGACUCCAGGAACAUCCCUAAACAUGUGAGAGACACAUCCAUGUGCUUUUUCUAUUGAAUUUUAAACCCUUAUGGGGCAUUGGCACUAACACUGGAUUAUAUUUAUAAAGCCACAAUGCUCCAGCACAAAGAGGAAGUGAGACUGGCGCUAAAUAUUGAUAUUUAUUGAUAUUUUUGAUGUUUAGCUGGUUAGAUGAUGUUAACAGUAUUAAAAAUUAAGCUCUGUAAAUCAACUAAGCCUUAAGGGAAUGGAAUUCAUGGUCACAAAAUCGAAGUCAGCCCCGAAUCCUCAGAUAAGCAGUAUGGCUUGUGACAAUCAAUGCAAGCGACACACUCUGGUGGCGGCCAACGUGGCAGAGGCGCAGCCGAUGGCUGAGCCUGCUCCCAGCUCCUCCCAGCAUGGCCUCGGUGUUGCCACUGUGUGUGCGUCACUCACAGGAGAUAAGGUUGGGUUUUUCCAAGGUGACAGAGCUGCAGUGGGGAGAAAGGGCUUUUGUCAGUCAAAAUGAUUCUGUAUUGUUACUUUUAUUAGAGAUUGCAAAGGAUUUUUUAGGUAGAGUUUAUUAUCUUUUUCUCAUAAGAAUGUCCCCUUCAGUAUGUUUCACUUCAGUAUUUCGGAGCAGGCAAGAAGUCAAACUGUGGAAUCUUAAAGGUUUUUUCCUCUCUGGGUUUGCAAGUGCUCCGUGCGACAUACACAGUUUGCUGAAUCAAUAAACAUGAAAAGGGAAGAAAACUUACAAAUAGUUUAGGGAGAAGGUCACUUCUUCCUUUUCUCAGGAAAACAAACAAACAUUGUUCCCAUUUGAAAACCUUGUGACCAAAGCCUUUUGAAACCAUGGCUUUGCAACUGUCAUAGAGUCGCAUAUAUUCUUGUGGAAAAAUUAAAAUUGCAGUGUUUGAACUGAAAUCUCUCUGGUUAGGGAAUUUGUGAAAUAAGACUGGGGGGAAGAGAGGGGGAAGCCAGCAUAAGCAAGGACAACCAGGAGUAAAGAACCUGGCGGUAAACCAGCGGCCUCUAAAAUGUCUCCAAGUCCACCUUCAGAACGGAGCCCUAUCCAGGGUGCUAAUCCCACCCCUUCUCCCCGUGUGCUCACACAGACUUGUAAAUAAGAACAUUUUAAAGCCUUGUAUAUUGUCCAAUUUAAAUGGGAUUGAUUUUCUCAAGCUAUUUUUGUUACUAAGCAUUAGCCUAAAAUUAAGUAUUUUAUGAGUUUUCUUAGAGAGCACUUGUAUUUUUUUCCUGUUGUUUAUAUAACAAAUUUCUAUGUAAGAAUACAAAUAAAUUAU